GGAGCCGCUCGGCCGCCGCGGCUCCCGCAGUCAGCGCCCCCGCGCGCACGCGCGCUCGCCGCGGGCCGCCCCGGCCGCCUCCGGGGCUUCCGCCCGCCUGCGGCUCAGGGACGGCGCGGGCGGGGUGGCGACCACGUGACCUGCGCCAACAUGGCGGCGCCCAGCGGCGUCCACCUGCUCGUCCUCAGAGGUUGUCAAAGAAUGUUCUGCUCACCACUCAAUCAUAUCUACUUACACAAGCAGCCCAGCAGUCAACAAAGAAGAAAUUUCCUUUUCUGGAGACAAAGAGAUGUUACACACAAUAUAGUUUUGCCGGCUGCAGUUUCUUCAGCUCAUCCAGUCCCUCAGCACAUAAAGAAGCCAGACUAUGUGACGACAGGCAUUGUACCCGGCUGGGGAGACAGCAUAGAAGUGAAGAAUGAAGAUCAGAUUCAAGGGCUGCGUCAGGCCUGUCAGCUGGCCCGGCAUGUUCUCCUCCUGGCUGGGAAGAGUUUGAAGGUUGACAUGACAACUGAAGAAAUAGAUGCUCUUGUUCAUCAGGAAAUCAUCGGUCAUGAUGCCUAUCCCUCACCUCUAGGCUAUGGAGGCUUUCCAAAAUCUGUUUGUACCUCUGUAAACAACGUGCUAUGUCAUGGUAUUCCUGACAGUCGACCUCUUCAGGAUGGAGAUAUUAUCAACAUUGAUGUCACGGUCUAUUACAAUGGAUACCAUGGAGACACCUCUGAAACCUUUUUGGUGGGCAAUGUGGAUGAAUGUGGUAAAAAGUUAGUGGAGGUUGCCAGGAGGUGUAGAGAUGAAGCAAUUGCAGCUUGCAGAGCAGGGGCUCCCUUCUCUGUAAUUGGAAACACAAUCAGGAGUGUUUCUGGACAUCUAUUAUUUUGCCUUUCCUUAUUCGGGCAGAAUCCAAAGGGAGUAAAUAAACAGUCCCCACCUUUAAGCCGGAAGUACUUGGAAUCAUUACAGACUGGAGGUUUACAGACAUCUCUCAACUCAAUCUCAUUUAUUUUAAGAUAUUCACCAUCUUUUGCAUAGCCUCCCUCUAACACGGAAAGGACAUUCAUGCAUCUUUUAGUAGCAGUAUGCUGCCAAACACCUAGUGGUCUUUAUAGAACAUUUUAAAAUUCUCUUCUGAACCCUAAAGGAUUGAAUGAUUUCUCUACAGAGGUACUGGCUAAAAUAGUUUAAUGAUAAGAGCUCUUGAUGUACCCUUUGUUCCAUAAGGGAUAGCUCGUGUGCUUUAGGGAACUGUGUUUCACUCACUAUACCUUCAUCUGCUUUACAAUGUUUCCACACCAGCCCUCUGAGCUCUCUUCCCAGCUCUCAAAAUCAGUAUUUUCGCGAUUAUUUCUAGAUGAUAUCAUCUAUACAUAUGAGAAUAUUGUGAAUGUGUAGAUUCAUGUCACAAAUAUGUGACAGUUCAAUCAAAAAUAAUCUAAACUUAUAGUUGUACGUGUCAUGAUGAAAGUAUCAAUAAAUGGGUUUUAAUGUUUAAUUCAUAAGUAUAUGUUUUGAUAUUAAUUUAGAAGACUAUAAAGCAGAUUUUAAAAAAUAAUCUCUUUCUAUUAGAUUAUGCACAUUUAAACAAUAAGUGGCUCAGGCAAAAUAAGUCAUUUUAAUGUCAUCUGUGAUGGAUUUUUCUUGACAGCUACUGUAAAUUACAAUUACACUGCUUCUCUCUGCGCAUGAAAGUAAGCAUUGCAAUAAAUUAUCUUUUAUUUCAAUCCAUCAUGUCUGCUUUUCAGAAACAGAAAACCUCAAAUAAAACUUCAGCACUAUUGUAAGAAAAAUACAGUAAUUUGUGAUCCAGUUUGAAACAAAAAAAAGUACCGCUUUUUCAGAAAACAGUUGUUGGCUUUCAAAAAUAUUACUAAUUGUACUUAAACAUUCUUUGUCAUCAGAUGGAAUCUCUGGACUUGUGCGUUCCUUCAUUCAAAGACCACUGCUUGAAAUAAAAAUCUGGGAAUGUUACAGUAAAAUCUCAUAACUUAGAAAAACAGUGCCAUUUGCAAUCCUUUAAUUAAAGAUGUGACCAUUUAGAGAUUAGCAUUCUUUAUAGGAUUCGUGUAAGAAUGGUAAUAAAACUAUUUCCAUGGGCCUUUUUAUUUCUGUAGAAGAGUAUGUGCUUAACAAUAGUACGCCUCUGCCCUCUUGGGGAAUGUAUUCUUAGUCACAAAAUGUAGUUGAAGUACAUGAAGAAUUUUAAUUUUUCUGGACAAUACUUCAGUUGAGGAAAAUUGCUUCAUGAAGGGCAAUGAAAGGGAAGAA